UGAGUCCAGACUAGCCAAUCAGAAUUCUAGAAAUCGCUGCUCCGGCUCCUUCCGCUCCACUUAUCAGUAGUCCGAACUAGUAGCAUCGCCUUCUCCGCUUCCCAAUACGGUGGAGAGAGACAGUUAGUCUUGCACACAGUUAGGCCAGACAAGAUCCUGCACCAUGUCCAUCCUGAAAAUCCACGCCCGUGAGAUCUUCGACUCCCGUGGCAACCCCACGGUAGAGGUCGAUCUCUACACCAAGAAAGGUCUGUUCAGAGCGGCAGUGCCCAGUGGUGCCUCCACUGGAAUCUAUGAGGCCCUUGAACUCCGCGACAAUGACAAGACCCGUUACCUUGGCAAAGGGGUGAAAAGAGCUGUUAAGUAUGUAAAUGAGUUCUUGGCCCCAGCUUUGUGUAACCAGAGUGUGUCCGUCCUGGAGCAGGAGAAGAUUGACAAGCUGAUGCUUGACAUGGAUGGCACAGAGAACAAGUCUAAGUUUGGUGCCAACGCCAUCUUGGGGGUCUCCCUGGCUGUGUGCAAGGCUGGUGCGGCAGAGAAGGGCGUCCCACUCUACCGCCACAUUGCUGACCUCGCUGGAAACCCAGAAGUCAUCCUCCCUGUUCCUGCCUUCAAUGUGAUCAAUGGGGGCUCCCACGCAGGCAACAAGCUGGCCAUGCAGGAGUUCAUGAUCCUGCCCGUGGGCGCCAGCACCUUUAAGGAGGCCAUGCAAAUCGGUGCUGAGGUCUACCACAACCUGAAGAAUGUCAUCAAGGAGAAGUACGGCAAGGAUGCCACCAAUGUAGGAGACGAGGGUGGCUUCGCCCCCAACAUCCUGGAGAACAAAGAAGCUCUUGAACUGCUGAAGAAUGCCAUUGCCAAGGCUGGCUACACUGACAAGAUUGUGAUCGGCAUGGAUGUCGCUGCCUCUGAGUUCUUCAAGGGAGGAAAGUACGACCUGGACUUCAAGUCCCCAGACGAUCCCAGCCGGUACAUCACCCCUGACCAGCUCGCCGACCUGUACAAGAGCUUUGUCAAGGAUUAUCCAGUGGUCUCCAUUGAGGAUCCCUUUGACCAGGAUGAUUGGCAGGCGUGGACCAACUUCACCGGCAGCACCAGCAUCCAGGUUGUGGGCGAUGAUCUGACUGUGACCAACCCCAAGCGCAUUGCCAAGGCCGUCUCAGACAAAGCCUGCAACUGCCUGCUGCUCAAGGUCAACCAGAUCGGCUCCGUCACAGAGUCUCUGCAGGCCUGCAAGAUGGCACAGUCCAAUGGCUGGGGAGUUAUGGUGAGCCACCGCUCUGGAGAGACGGAGGACACCUUCAUCGCUGACCUCGUGGUUGGCCUGUGCACUGGCCAGAUCAAGACCGGAGCUCCAUGCCGAUCUGAGCGCCUGGCUAAGUACAACCAGCUGCUUAGGAUUGAGGAGGAGCUGGGAGACAAAGCCCGCUUCGCCGGCCAGAACUUCAGGAAGCCCAUCUGAAGUGCCUGUCCUCCUUGGACCUCUGUGUUUCCAUCGCGCAUACACUCCCAAACUCAUUAGUCUAGCCACGCAAGGUCUCUCGUCCUAGAUCAGAGGGAAUUUGGAACGGCAAAGAAAUACAAGGUCCAAGUCUGUGAGCCACGGCGCCCAACCCACGGUUAGUCCAGUCGGGGCCAGAAAACAGUGCACCCAUCCCUAUGCUUUUGGCACCCGCAUAUAGCAUUGGUCCUUUAAUUGUGUCUUUGUAACCUGUGAGAGAUCUUUGUUUUGCUUCUUGUGAGUUCUGAUUUGUGAGUAGUGAUUCUGGUCCUCUUUUUGAGUAUUGUAGAAACAGAGCUGAGCUGUGCACUGUGCUGCUCCGUGUAGUGCAGGAUAAAUUCUGUGCUUUGUGUUGCCAUUGAACAGUUCAAGUGUUGCUCGUAAGCGUGGCAUAACUAAUAAAAACAGUUCCAUGAAUUGGAAA